AUGUGUCUAUGCCGAACCGAGCAACAGCACAUGCUCAGUGGAUCCACUAGGCUCGAGAAACGGAUCCAAAUGUUGGAAGGAAGGCUGCAACAGCAGCCAACCAGCCCACAACAUAUGUUAGGCCGAGAAAACAACAAAAGUCCUCCUGGGGCAUUUAGUCAGCAGGGACCAAGUGUCCAUAGCAAUGGGGAAUUCCAGACAGAAGAACUUCAGGGGGUUCAAUAUGCAGGGUUUGUUACCCCCAGGACAGCGCUACCGCCCACAGCUCAAUCCUCUCCGUCGGAUGGCCACGAAGGCGCCGAGCUAGAGGAUUUUCUUCUGAAUGAUUCAAAUGCUCUAUUGGAGGGCAUUCUGGACUCGACGCUCCUUGGACCACAAUCUACGGCAGUUGAUGUGACCCAGUUGCCGGAGAUACUUCUACAAGCUCUUAUUGACAUAUUCUACUCCUCUUACUAUUUUAUAUUUCCUAUCAUCCCCCAAGAUCAAUUUCAGCAGCAAUAUGAUCGCUGGUUGCUCGCUCACCGAAGGACUGUCAAUUCUCCUCACGAGGACAUCCGCAGCGGAUUCUCGUUCCUAUUAUAUGCAUUGCUUGCCGUGGCGGCUUCCGCUAUUCCGACCGAUCACGCGGUGUUCAAGCACCCUGGCAUGGAGAUAUACCAGCUUAUACAGAUCGGAGAUUUGUUAUACACUCAUGCUACCUCCAAGUGCCCCGGAUUUCCAUACCAACGGGAUGAGACGCAUCCUAUCAACGUCGCUAUCGCACAGGGUCUUCUUAGCCUCUACCUUACGGUAACCGGCAACCUUAGCGAUGCGUGGAUGGUAUCGGGUAACGCAAUCCGUCAAUAUCAGGCCUUAGAACUUGAAGAGCUAGAAAAUAGCACGAGUGGAGCGCCCGAUGUAGGAGAAACUUGGAACCCACGCGGUAAUGUCUGGUGGUGUUUGUAUAUUCUGGACUGCUCACUUUCAACCGCGCUUUCCAAGCCCUUGGCAUUGUAUGAUGCCGAGUGUGACAUGGGACGCUGCAAUGAGGAAAGGUGUCUUGAGCUGGAGGCCAAUACAGACCCUUGGUUCUCGAUCAUCGCAGAAUUUCAUGUUACUAUCAGCCGCAUUUACAGAUCGAUACGGUCGAUUCGUAAGUCUCAUCCUUCCCAGGCUGGCAAAAUGUGGGAUACUCUUCGGUCAUAUACCAAGAAAUAUGAUACCGAACUGGAGAAUCAUUACGCCAAGCGGGUCUUGCCAAAAAUAGCAGAGUCAGACGGGAAAGUGAAGCGGCUAGCGCUACAAGCAAUUGCAGAAUGCUCCUACUUCAUAGGUCUGGUUCUUCUUUACCGGUCGUUCAUCGAGCAGUUUAACGCCGCAGACCCCGAAGCAUUUCUACGAUGUGCAGAGGCUGCAUCAAACUGCAUUAAAGCCACGCCGCAAUUGAUCGCCACGGUGCCUGUUAGUCAUUUCGUGGUCCAGCAGAGUCGCGCCGUUUACGCUAGUACUAAAGUCCUUUUGCACUGCAUGCGACUGGCCCGGAACUCGAGCUUCAAUAAAAGGGCCUGGUGCGACGUCCAAAGUGGCUUCGAGAUGCUCCGCAAAAUCAAUAUCCGGUGGCCUCAAAUCCAGAAUUAUUGGCGUCUCACCGAGGAAGACAUGAGACAGACGCAGAAUGAGUUCAAUAGGCACAAUCUGUUUCACGGGGUCUUUGAUCGGUAUGGGCAGGAAUUUGAACGAUCCAAGCGACGGAGACUAUCGGAUGAUUCUUUUCGCCAUGAUUCAUUUUCUGCUGGACCCUCUCUUCCAAGUGAGUCUCACAAUUUUUCUGGGGGUUAUCAAAUGAACGAUGAUAGUUUUGUCUUAUCAGAUUUCCACCCGCUGUCAUUAACGUCUGAAGAAUACUCUGGGAAGAAUUUUGAUGACACGAUGUUGAUAUUGCCUAUUGAAUUCGGAGACGUGACGGAGAUUGAUGACAACUGA